AUGAAAAACCACAAUAAGUACGUCAAAUUGCCCCAAGACCUCGAUCUGAGUUUCCACAGUGAUUUGGACCUGCUGCCGGAUACGGCGGCCGACAUCGACGUAGAACUAGACCCGGCUGCGGACACGGAUGUGGCCGCGCUCAGUGUGAACGUGCCCGCGUCUCUGGGCCUGGACGAGGACGACGACGACGAGGUCAUCAUCGCCCCCGGCGGCGGAGGACUUCGACUAGCUCCCACGGCGGCGGAGGCAGUGGCGGCACACAGGCAGCACCAGCAGCGCAAGCAGCUGAAGAACCAGCUGGAGCAGAAGCAGAUCCUGCCCAAGAGCAAGAUCUGCGGACUAGGCAGCGACAGCAUCGUCGAGACGGGUCUAACCCUCACACCUGAAAUGCUGUUAUCCACCUCGGAAUCAUCGACCCACAGUGCCUCCGAGGUCGCCGGACGACUGCAGGUCGACGUGCGUACCGGCCUCAAAUGGACGGAGGCCAAGUAUCGUGCCAAGAUCAUCGGGCAUAACGAGCUGCUGCUCGUGGCGGAGGAUCCCACAUGGAAAAAGUACAUUGAGCAGUUUAGGAACCCGCUAAUUCUGCUGCUUCUUGGUUCUGCUCUGGUGUCCGUAAUCAUGAAGCAGUUUGACGACGCCGUGAGCAUAACCAUUGCCAUCCUAAUCGUGGUCACGGUGGCCUUCAUUCAGGAGUACCGCUCCGAGAAGAGUCUGGAGGAGCUUAAGAAGCUGGUGCCCCCUGAAUGCCACUGCCUGCGGGAAGGUCGACUGGACACCUUCCUGGCACGCGAACUGGUUCCCGGGGACAUAGUGCACCUCAACGUGGGCGACCGGGUGCCGGCCGACGUGCGUCUUUUUGAAGCUGUGGACCUAUCUAUCGACGAGAGCAGUUUCACCGGCGAAACAGAGCCGGCGCGCAAGAUUACCGAUGUUUUGCUGAACAAUACGAACGUAAAGGACCACAGCAACAUGAAGAACAUUGCCUUCAUGGGCACUCUGGUGCGUUGUGGCAACGGCAAGGGCAUAGUUGUCAGCACUGGGGAGCGCAGUGAGUUCGGUGAGGUCUUCAAAAUGAUGCAGGCAGAGGAGGCUCCGAAGACGCCACUGCAGAAGUCGAUGGACAUUCUAGGCGCUCAGUUGAGCUUCUACUCCUUCCUGAUUAUCGGUGUCAUCAUGCUGCUGGGCUGGCUACAAGGUAAGCCGCUCUCGGAAAUGUUCAAUAUCAGCGUUUCACUGGCCGUUGCGGCCAUCCCCGAGGGCCUUCCUAUCGUGGUAACUGUGACUCUGGCGCUUGGCGUAAUGCGGAUGGCUAAACGAAAUUCCAUCGUUAAAAAGCUGCCUACUGUUGAGACCUUGGGCUGCGUAAACGUUAUCUGCUCUGACAAGACGGGAACUUUGACCAAGAACGAGAUGACGGCCACGAUCAUCAUCACUUCCGACGGCUACAUGGCGGACGUGACCGGUGCCGGUUACAAUGACCAGGGUGAAAUCCACAUACGGCAUUGCAACAACGUGGAGAUGGCUAAGACCAAUAUUACAAACCUUCUUGAAAUCGGGGCGGUCUGCAAUAACGCUUACAUACAAAAUGGCACCCUGCUAGGACAACCCACCGAGGGAGCCCUUGUGGCGGUUGCCAUGAAGAACGGAAUGUACGCCACAGCUGAGAACUACGUUCGCAUCCAGGAGUAUCCCUUCAGCUCGGAGCAGAAGAUGAUGGCUGUGAAGUGCAUCCACAAGUACAACAACAACAAGGAAGAGAUUUUCUUCGCCAAGGGGGCUCUAGAGACCCUGUUGCCGCAGUGCACCAAGUAUCAGUUCGGUACCCAGACGGUACCACUUACCAAGCAGAACGAGGCCGAGUUCCUAGCCGAGGCGUACGAGAUCGGGCGCAAGGGCCUGCGCGUGUUGGCCCUGGCAAAGGGCCGGUCCAUGCAAGAUCUGAUCUACUGCGGCCUAGUCGGCAUCACUGACCCACCGAGGCCCCUUGUUCGAGAGUCCAUUGAAAUGUUGAUGCAGAGCGGAGUGCGUGUCAAAAUGGUGACUGGAGAUGCCCAGGAAACGGCCUUGGCCAUUGCGAAUCUCAUCGGUAUCGAUACAAUCCACCACCAGACGCUUUCCGGUCAGGAAAUGGAUCAAAUGAACGAGCACCAACUGGACAAGGUAGCCAACAAUGUGAGCGUCUUCUACCGCGUAUCGCCACGUCACAAACUGGAGAUAGUCAAGUCCUUGCAGCGCAGUGGCAACAUAGUCGGCAUGACUGGCGACGGGGUGAACGACGGAGUAGCUCUGAAGAAGGCUGACAUCGGCAUUGCCAUGGGUAAGAACGGGACGGAUGUGUGUAAGGAGGCGGCUGAUAUGAUCCUGGUCAAUGAUGAUUUCCACACCAUAAUCGCCGCCAUCGAGGAGGGCAAGGGCAUAUUCUACAACAUUCGCAACUUCGUGCGCUUUCAGCUUAGCACAUCAAUAGCUGCCCUGGCCCUGAUUGCCCUGGCCACUCUGAUGGACAUUGCUAACCCGCUGAAUGCCAUGCAGAUUUUGUGGAUCAACAUCAUAAUGGACGGUCCGCCCGCACAGUCUCUGGGUGUGGAGCCCGUCGACCACGAUGUGCUCAAACAGAAACCACGGAACGUGAAACAGCCGAUGAUCACAAAGUCUGUGGUGGUGAACGUUCUGCUUAGUGCCAGCAUAAUUGUACUGGGCACGCUGUGGGUGUUCCAGCGCGAAAUGGCCGACGGGACGCUGGGAAAGACCAAGCGGGACACGACGAUGACCUUUACUUGUUUCGUGUUUUUCGACAUGUUUAACGCCCUGUCUUGCCGCUCGCAGACAAAGAGUGUCUUUACCAUCGGACUCACUACCAAUCGGAUGUUCUUGCUGGCCGUCGCUUUUUCGAUCAUUGGCCAAAUGCUCGUUGUCUACUUUCCGCCGCUGCAAAUGGUUUUCCAGACGGAAGCUCUUACGCCGUAUGACAUAUUCUUCCUGGUCUCCCUAACCUCAUCUGUGCUGGUUGUUUCAGAGAUAAAGAAAUGGUUCGAGCGUACCAUGGAGCGCAAGAUGUACAGCACCCGCUCCGAGCUGGAUUUUGUAUGACAAAACGCAAGCGCUAGAGAAGAUUUGCACCCCAAAGCCGAGUAAAUUAAAUAACUAACAAAAAAUCCAUAAAAAAAGUAAAACUAUGCCAAAACAAGCGAGGAGCGCGGCGAAGUGCAGUUAGAGAGAAAAGCCGAAAACAAGAGCGACGGAGCAAGGAUGUGUGUGUUUACUUUUACAUUUGACUUGACCAAUUAAGAAUGAUUUAAUUGUUACUGUGGGUUUUCAACCAGAUUGCACAGCAGGGAUUUUCAUAGAUUUGAACGAAGCAACCGGAUUAUAAAUCAAGUGACCACUUACUAUAAUCCGAGUAUAUUCACCGGGAAAGUGCAGUACCACUAGGUCACAGUCAACAUACAUAAGAAUAAAACGGAAGCGAGUCAAAAAGGCAUGAAAUGGACAAAGCUAAGCGAGGCGUAGUUAAAGUAAAACAUGGUUUUUUUGGUAUUAUUGAUGAAUAAUUUAUUCGGUAUUUGAAAGCAAGCAUUCAAUUUGUAUGAAAUUGAGGCAAAUCAAAACUCUAGCGUGCUAUCAAAAUAAAACAAUUUUUGACGAAGACAUCUCCAAAACAACUUUAAAUGGAGAGUUCAGAUCAACAAAAGAUUUUUGUAUGUAAUCAAAAAUGCUAUCAUUUCCGCAUACUUUGUGGGCGUUGAUUUGAUGCUUUGGUAAUUAAGUUCAUGAUUAAUGGGUUUACCAAAACGAAAUAAUGCACCAAGCAAAUGCGAAAUUUUACGAAGCAAUCAGCACCACGUUUACUCGAAUGUAAAGCAGUUUUCGCUCAUGUACUUAAAUAAAAAAUAAAUUCAUAGGAAAACACGGUUCUGUGUACUGUUCUGUUGUUUGUAGGUUGAAUUGAACUCUGAUGCAAUAGUUUACUAAACGGCAACAGAAAUUUACAAGUAUAGCUUAUCCAGAUUGUAAUCAAAAGUAUACAUCUCAAUAAUAAAUUAAUACAUUUUGAAAAAAUAAACAAAUUCAGUAGAUUACCAACACUUGUCUACCCCUUAUAAAUUAACGUAAAUAUCAUUGACAUAAAAUUCAUAUCAUACCAACUCAGAGUUCACUGUUGCACUGGAAGCAUAUCACAAUUUGUCCAUGUUUUUAUACCCGUUAUUUGUAGAGCAGAAGGCAAUUCUUUAUUCGUAGAAAUGUUAACCCUAUUAAAGAAUAUAUAUUCUUGAUCGAGAUCACUGUCUGUCCGUCCGUAUGUCUGUCCGUAUAAACGUAGAAAUCUUGGCAGAUAUAAAAGCUAGAGACUAGGCAUGUAAUUUUACAACCCACCACAAACGCGACCCAUAACUGCAACGGCCACAUUUUAUAGAAAUGAUUUUAUAUUUUAAAGUUAUAAGUCUUGUCAAUUCCUAUUGAUAUGCCCACAUUUUUUUAAAUUUUGAUAUUUUUUGUAUCAAGUUCUAUCGAUAAUUAAGAACAACUUUGAAAUACUUCCCUGGCACUCCCACUAUUUGAGUAACGGGUAUCUAAUAGUCGAGAAAUUCGACUUCAGCGUUCUCUUUUGUUUUUAUUUGAAUGAGCUUGUAUGUCAACAUUUUUCACGAAUUUAAAACUUGGUUUUAGCAACUUAUGUGCACACUGCAGAUCGCAUUCAAAGGACCAAUCGUUAAAUAAUUCAUUUGAUCACACACAUUAAGAUCAGCUUACGCUCAACAAAAACGCACUCAUAUAUCACGGCAAAAAAAAAAUGAAAAAACAAAAACAAAAAAAAAAAAA